UACUAGAACUAAGCUCUUUUUGUUUGCAUAUAGUGUGUCCCUUUAGACUUUAUUCUGUGAUGAUGUAAAAAUAAGAACUAAGUUACAACCAUCAUAUUCCUUUUUCUUUUUGCCUUCUUACAAUAUCCCUGAACGUCUUGAUUUUACUUCACACAAAUGAUUUGCGUAGGAGAAGGAGGAGGAGGAGGAGGAGGAGACGGUUGUGACUCGCGUUCAUCGACUUCGCUCACGCCCCAGCCACCAGAUGGAGCUACGUCCCCAAUGCCUCUUUGCAACUCUGCCGUUUUGCCAAUCUACGGCCACACAUCACACUCCACUCAUGGUCAACAUUUGAUAAACUAUAAAUCCAGCAAGAUGUUUUAUCGUCCGUUGCCGACGCGACAUUUAACUAGUUCACCUACUUUUCCUCAAACAAAUUCCACUGCCAAUAAUCAUCCAACUGCAAGUUCAACGCCCUGUCACCAUAGAACUACUGGCUCAACCCAGAAUUUGGUUCCGCAAUUGAAUAGUCAUCGGACAUCGACGAGUCCCGUGUUUUCUUCGGCGCAUCAUUCGCUUUUAUAUUCGCCGUCCUCUCCGACGCCCACCGUUGCUACCACGGCACCAUCACCCCUACCGCCAUCUCUAGAAAGUCCGGCCAUAAUGCCACGCAGUCUUUUUCUGCGUGGUAAACCCACCGCUGGCGCUAAUGGUCAACCCGUCUUAGACUACAGAGCUGUGGAUCGAUGGUACGAAUUGGACACUUCUCUAUCAAGCCAAUUUCAACAACACCAAUUGCAGAUGCAUCAACAAGCAACAGCUGUGGCGUCUAGAUAUCAUCCUCUGGAUGGAAUUUCGGCGUCGGAAAGCCCGCAGAUGAGUCAUCAAAUAUAUCCGUCCCGAAUGACUCACCCGACGUCAUUAUACGCCCAACAUCGAAUGAGCCAUGACGACCAGUGUCCGUACGAAUCCCUCAUUGCGCCGCAGCACGGAACCUUCGUAAGCCAUCACAGCGUCUUACAAGCCCCUUCUGAAUAUCCGAACUAUUCAUAACCUUUUAUUUUUUAUCCUUUAUCCUAUAUUUAUUCAUGGACAUAAGUUGUGUAUAUGUCGCCGCAUAAGUCUUAUUCUAUAAACUCGGUACGUCACCUCAGCUGGGUGGGCCAUUAUAUUUAUGUAUACCCAUCCACGAGUUCAACGCAGGCGAGAAAAAGAGUAAUAGUAUCCUAAAGAACCAAUGAAUUGUUCAGAUAAUUUAUGUCUAAUAUAUAUAAAUGGUAACUAUAUUAUAUGACAAUAUUAUGCUACUAAUGUAUACUACGUAUACUUUCUAGGUAUUUUUUGCACACAUCCACAUCAUCAUUGUAAAUACAAGGUGACACUUGCCAUAUUCAAUGGUAAAUU